AUGCCUGAUACUCUGAAGCGGCAGAUCGUCCUGCGCCCCGAAUUCACGCUAAACAUAUAUGGUGGAUCUGGCAGCGGUGGAAGUCAGACGCCUGUUGCGUUACCCGCACGGAAUACCGUCGAUCCAACGGUCACUGAGCUGUUGGUGGCGGUGAAGGAGCUAACAGCGAAAGUCAACGACCAGCAAAACGAUAUCACGGCUUUAGGUAAACUAGUAGUGGAUCAGCAAAACAAAAUCACCGCCCUGGAGACACGAAUCAAAUCGCAACCAUGGCUGGCACAGACUGUGGAUUGUGGUACCUGGAAAGUGGCACACCCGGGCAGAGCUUGGAAUUCAGCGCGCCAGGAAGCAUACAUCAAGUUUGCCAAAAACUUUAUGAUGGCACCGAAAGUCACAGUGACCUUGAACCUUGUUGACGCAGACCACGGAUAUAACCUACGGAUUGCAGUGUAUUCAACGGACGUUGAUAUAUAUGAGGUCGGGAUCACUUGGAUUGCUGUUGGAUUAUAG